AUGGUUAAAACAUUUUGCAUUAUGCUUCAGCUAACGUUUGUAUCAACGACACACGAAUGUGGCGUUGCGUUAGGUAUGGAAACUGAAGAGAUCGGUGAUCGUGACAUAACGGCUAGCAGCAGCUUUGACAUGAGAAGUGUUGGACCGCAGAAUGCGAGAAUCCGAACAGAAACUGGCGGAGGUGCUUGGUGUCCUGAAAGACAAAUUCAACCUGAGGUCCGUGAAUGGUUGCAGAUCGAUCUCAAAACUGUAAAAGUCAUAACGGCGAUAGAAACGCAGGGACGCUACGAUCAUGGUAUCGGCAUGGAGUAUACCCCAACGUAUGCGAUCGAAUACUGGAGACCGAAGAUGGAUUCAUGGCACCGGUAUAAGGAUCGGAGUGGAAAAGAGAUUCUGAUCGGCAACAACAAUACGUUCACGCCCGUCUUCAGGGCAAUCGACAGUCCGUUUAUAGCAACAAAAAUCCGCAUUAUACCGCUUUCAGACUACAUUCGAACGGUAUGCCUUCGGGUUGAGCUCUACGGCUGCACUUACACAGGUGCGAUGAAGUUUGAAUACUCUGAAACACGAAAUGAUGGCGUUUUGACCGAUGAUUCACCUUUCGAAUGGGUUGGUUGGCAGAGGUCUAUUUCCGGUUUCACCACCGAAAUGGUAUUCAAGUUUAGCGAGGUGAGAAACUUUACGUCGAUCAGCAUCCAUUACGCGCAUCAAAGCCAUUUGGACGCCUCUGUGUUCUCGGCUGCGCACCUUUUUUUCAGUGUAAAUGGUGACGUAAAAACGGACAGUGAUUUUUUAGAGUUUCGACCUCACGUUCCCUCACUAAAUGGUAUGAAGUCAUUCACACGUAUUUGA